ACCAGGGACUGGGGACUACCGGCCAGGGCAGGAUUUGAGGGAGGUCAACAAAAGGGUGAAGGACAUGCACCCCAUGGUCCCCAACCCCUAUAACUUAUUGAGCACUCUGCCACCAUCCCACGUUUGGUAUACCAUAUUAGACUUAAAGGAUGCCUUCUUCUGCUUGCGGCUGCAUCCGGAGAGCCAGCCCCUUUUUGCCUUUGAAUGGAAGGACCCAGAUCUUGGUCUUUCGGGUCAAUUGACCUGGACUAGGCUCCCCCAGGGAUUCAAGAACAGCCCGACCCUCUUUGAUGAGGCUCUGCACCGGGACCUGGCGACUUUCGGGUCCAGUACCCCACCCUGACAUUGCUCCAAUACGUUGAUGACCUCCUUCUGGCGCCGCUUCAGAGAAAGAAUGUCAGGAGGGCACAAAGUCCCUCCUACAGACAUUGGGACAAUUAGGAUAUCGGGUAUCAGCCAGGAAGGCUCAGAUGUGCCAGAAGCAAGUCAUUUACCUAGGUUAUCAAUUAAAAGAUGGACAGAGAUGGCUGACCGAGGUGAGCAAACAGACUAUCACUAACAUCCCUGCCCCCCGGAACCCCCGCCAGCUGCGAGAGUUUCUGGGAACAGCGGGAUUCUGCCGCCUCUGGAUCCCAGGGUUUGCCGAGAUGGCUGCACCCUUGUAUCCUCUAACUAAACAAGGGACAAUGUUUGAUUGGGGAGAGGAACAGCAGAGGGCUUUCAAAAACAUUAAGAAAGCCUUACCAGCCUCCCCUGCUUUAGGCCUCCCUGACAUCACCAAACCCUUUGACUUGUUCGUGGAUGAGAGACAGGGUUACGUCAAAGAGGUCCUAACUCAAAAACUGGGCCCUUGGAGGCGUCCUGUAGCUUAUCUCUCAAAGAAACUCAACCCAGUUUCUUCAGGGUGGCCGCCCUGUCUGCGAAUGGUAGCAGCUAUUGCAGUCCUCACUAAAGACGCGGGUAAACUAACCCUGGGCCAGCCACUGACUAUCCUGGCACCCCAUGUGGUGGAAGCCUUGGUCAAGCAGCCUCCAGACCGCUGGCUCUCCAAUGCCAGCAUGACUUACUACCAAGCCCUGCUCCUGAAUGCGGACCGGGUGCAAUUCGGACCUGUGGUCGCUCUUAAUCCCGCGACCUUGCUCCCCCUGCCUGAGGACCCGGAACACCACGACUGCCUCCAGAUCCUCGCAGAAACACACGGGACCAGACCGGACCUGACGAAUCAACCCCUCCGAGAUGCUGACUAUACUUGGUAUACGGAUGGCAGCAGUUUCCUGGCAAAUGGGAAACGAAAGGCGGGGGCAGCAAUGACAACAGAGACUGAGGUAGUUUGGGCAGAAGCCUUACCAGCAGGCACCUCCGCCCAGAGGGCUGAACUCAUCGCUCUGACCUAGGCACUCCGGAUGGCAGAAGGUAAGAGACUGAAUGUUUAUACGGAUAGCCGAUAUGCAUUCGCCAUGGCUCACAUACAUGGGGAAAUUUAUUGAAGACGAGGGCUGCUGACCUCAGAAGGAAAGGAAAUUAAAAACAAACUUGAGAUACUGGCACUCCUGAAAGCCUUAUUUUUGCCCCCAAAAUUAAGUAUUAUGCACUGCCCUGGGCAUCAAAAAGGCCAUAGCCCUGAGGAAAAGGGAAAUAGGCUGGCAGAUAACGCUGCUUGAGAGAUUGCUAUAAAAUCAACCAAGACCUCCCAAGCUCUCCCCUUGACGAACCCGGAAGAGGCCCAAGCCUCCAGUUCGCUACCCUAUAGUAAAGAGGACAUUGAUCUCCUAAAGAAAAUGGGGGCCACAUAUGACCCCGAAAAGCAACAUUGGGUUUUCAAGGAAAAGAUUGGUAUGCCAACAAAACAUACUUAUAAAAUAAUAGACUACUUGCAUAAAUUGACUCAUUUGGGGCCAAAGAAGAUGAAAACCUUGUUGGACAGACAGGAGUCAGGCCAAUACCUCCUGAACAGGGACGGAGCCCUGCAAAAAGUGACUGAUGAAUGCCAAGCCUGCGCUCAGGUAAAUGCAGGCAGAAUCAAGCUUGGUCCAGGAGUUCGGGCACGGAGACAUUGUCCUGGAGUACAUUGGGAGAUCGACUUUACAGAGGUUAAGCCAGGUCUCUAGGGGUACAGAUACCUCCUGGUGUUCAUAGACACUUUUUCAGGAUGGGUAGAAGCCUUUCCCACCAAAAACGAAACCUCAAAGGUGGUGACCAAAAAGCUCUUGGAAGAAAUAUUUCCCAGGUACGGAAUGCCUCAAGUCUUGGCACCGAUAAUGGGCCCGCCUUCGUCUCCCAGGUAAGUCAGUAGGUGGCCAAACUCCUAGGGGUCGAAUGGAAAUUACAUUGUGCGUAUAGACCCCAAAGUUCAGGACAGGUAGAAUGCAUGAAUAGAACAAUUAAGGAGACCUUAUCCAAAUUAACGCUUGCAACUGGCACUAGAGACUGGGUGCUCCUCUUACCACUGGCCCUGUACAGGGCCCACAACACCCUGGGGCCUCAUGGACUGACUCCUUUUGAAAUCCUAUAUGGGGCUCCUCCCCAUUUAUAAAUUUCUUUAAUUCAAACAUUGCCGAUUUUGCUAACAGUCCUUCUCUGGAGGCUCAUUUACAGGUGUCUACAGAUUGUGCAGAGAGAGGUUUGGAGGCCACUCGCCGCUGCUUACCAAGACCAACUGAACCAGCCGGUGGAACCGCAUCCCUUCCAGAUAGGAGAUACUGUUUGUGUCCGCAGACACCAGACCUAAAACUUGGAACCUCGGUGGAAAGGCCCUUACACUGUCCUUCUGACCCCCAAUGGCACUAAAGGUUGACGGCAUCACAGCCUGGAUCCACGCCUCACACGUUAAGGCCGCCCAUACAGCUGACAAAAUGGAGCCCGCCGCAACCCCAGCAUGGAGAGCCCAACGCACUCAAAACCCCUUAAAGAUAAGGCUUACCCGUGGGGCCCUUGGAUCAUUAUAUGGGCCCUACUAAGACUGGGGAUGGCGACAUUCCCGGGAUAUGACUGCCAUCACCCGGGGGGUGGAGGGGGACGACAUGGGACCAGGAACAAAGACUUCUAUGUUUGUCCAGGACAAAACACACAAAAGGGACAUGGAGGGCCGGGGGACGGUUACUGUGCCCAAUGGGGUUGUGAAACGACGGGGGAGGCUUACUGGAAACCCUCCUCCAUCUGGGAUCUAAUCACGCUCAGACGAGGAACCACGCCUGGGUACUCGGGAAGGGGACCCUGGACUUGCGGGGGAAAAGCUUGUGGCCCUUGCUAUGAUAUCGCUACCGCUACCAAUGUCCAGGACGCCACCCCAGGAGGUAGAUUAUGGAGACCAGCCAAUUUAGACAACUUCAGGCAGCCAUGCAUACUGAUAUCAAGGCACUGGAAGAAUCGGUUAGCGCACUUGAAGAGUCAUUAAUCCCCCCUCUCAGAGGUAGCCCUACAAAACAGGAGGGGGCUAGACAUGUUGUUUUUACAAGAGGGAGGGUUAUGCUCAGCACUCAAAGAGGAAUGUUGUUUCUAUGCGAACCACACUAUGACAAAGCUUAGAGAGAGGUAAAGACAGACACAAAAGCUGCUCGAAUCACAACAGGGAUGGUUCGAAGGGUGGUUUAAUAAGUCUCCCUGGUUUACGACUCUAUUGUCUCCUCUGAUGGGUCCCUUGAUUGAUUGUCCUCCUUCUGAUACUCCUGUUUGGGCCCUGCAUCUUAAACCGCUUGGUCCAGUUUAUGAAAGACAGGCUGUCAGUUAUUCAGGCCCUAGUGCUGACCCAUCAGUAUCAUAUGGUACAACAACAAGAAACCGAGGUUCCCUAACUGCUUAGAGUAAAAGAUUUAACUCUGUGAUAAAAGAAAAGGGGGGAAUGAAAGACCCUACAGACCCCCUCCUCAGAACCCGCAGCUAGCAGGCUCCCGGGAGAACGUCCUGUUUGCUUGAAAGAUUCUCAGGAUCAGCAGCUAGCCUGCUCUCGUGAGAGGAAAACAGGAUAUCUAUAAGAUAGGACAUCUACAAAGCAGGAUGACUUCAAAGUAGGAUACCUAUAAGAUAAGAGCAGGAUGUCUGCUGCCAGACAUCCAUGCUGGGAGAGGAAAACCAUUCAUGCCACCCCCCCCCCCCCCCCGCCGCCUCAUUCUGAUAACCACGCUUCUGCUUCUGUAAAUUGCUUUUUGCUGCCCUCUUUCCUAUAAAAAGUCCUCCUCCCAGUCUACAGGCGCGCAAGUCCUCCGAAAGACUUUGCCGCCCGCAGGUACCUGUGUCUACCUAAUAAACCUCUUGCAGUUUGCA